UUCUCAACAUGUGACUCUGAGUUUUCCAAUGAGAGCUGACUGGAAAUUUUCCUCUCACUGGAUGUUAGGAAAUUGUGUAUAUGAUAAGCAAAGGAAAGUUGAAUGAAAUUCACAAUCAUCGUCGCAAACUCAUUCGAAUCAGACACAAAAAAGUUUUCUUCCUUCAUUGUCUGAUUUGUUGAUUCAAGCCACAGUAAAAAUAUCCUAAAACGAUCAGAAAAGUGAAAAAAUAUAAAAAAACUUUUUCUUAUUUUUUCGACAAUUUUUAAUUUAAUUUUUGUCAAAAAAAAAGUUUUGUGGAUUUAAAAAAAAAUAAAAAGUGGAAACGAUGAAAUACUUUGUAGUUCUGUCAUUAUUCUGUCUCAUUCUUGUGACUGUCAAAGCAAAUCCAUAUAUGGAUAGUGAUUUAAUGCUAGGUGAUGAUGAGCUUGGUUACUCGGAAGGAGUCAACUAUCUUGAUGAAUUGAUGGCUCCAGCAGAGAAACGCUCUUCCAUGAUUUAUGUUUUUAGGCGAGCAUGCAUCAGACGUUCGGGAAAUUGUGAUCAUCGGCCCAACGGAUGUUGUGCAAAUUCUUCAUGUCGUUGCAAUCUUUGGGGAUCUAAUUGCCGAUGUCAACGAAUGGGAUUGUUCCAGAAAUGGGGAAAAUAAAGCGGCAGCAACGACGAUAAACAACUUUUGAUGACUUUCAUAUCCCGUUCUGUAAAUUUGGUUUUAUGAUUUAUUUAUGCUUGUUGGAUGCGAUUUUUAUAUUUUUCAUGAAUCCACAAACUUGCAGUUUCUAUUUUUAACCAUGCAAAUACGAAACAAUGUUCAGUUCUAGUCAUCAAGAUUUUAUC